GUGGUCAGCCAUUGACGUGUGCUCACGGGCGCGUCUUUCUUUUCAUUCUGGAGUGUAUCAUAUUAAAAUCUACCCAAAGCCAAUCUCCUAAUUUCAUACCUCCCAUCAUCCCCACCCCCCUGAAGUGCAUAAAGUGCCCCCCUCCCAUUAUCCAGUCCCUGACACCCCCAAAAAAGGUUGGAAUUUUCAAUGAUCCCAGUUGAAACCCAAAUUGGACUACAGUAGAACAGUAACAGAACGGUUCAGAGAACAUUCGAUUCAGUGUUGAAACAUAGCCAGUUGUCAGUGAUAAUAAAAAGGAUGUUGAGUUCACAUGGUCAAAAAAAAGUGGCAGUGGACAUCUCUGGAUAAUCUCUCACUCUCCCAUUUUCCCGUUCCCACUCGUAAGUUAUCACGAACGAACCUCAUUCUACAUAAGUGCAAUUCUAUAUUCGACCAGUGUUUCAAUACCCAUUACCAGUAAUUCCUUACAUUCAGGAGUAAGAAAUCGUGUAAAAUUGUGUUGCCCUGACUUUUAACUUAUCAAUUCCCCGGAACUCGAUAAAUUUCAAUAGACAUUAAGGGCGGAUGUCGUCCCUGUCAUAGUAUUUAUUAAUUGCCAAUGGUUCCAAUCUCCCCAUCGAACGAUCGGUGAAUAAUCAUUGAACAAUUAAAGGGGAAAAUUCACUGAUAUAUGUCACGUAUUUGAGGGUAUUAUUUUCAUGAGAUGAUCCGGUUGUCUUUGAAGCAUGUAAUCCCCGCCCCUGAAUCAGUGAAUUCAGGAUUUACCCAUUAAACCAUUGAGGGGUGGAUUUCCUCGAAAUAGUGACAACAAGGGGAAAAGGGGAUAUCGAAGCAACAGACGAAUGAGAAGCAACACGUCUCGGGGACGAAUGCGUUAGCUCAAAUAGACUAUGUAUUAACAUUACAAUAAUUCGCCAGCAGAUGGCGGUAGUGUGAAAAAGCAGCAAGUAGUACCAGGCGUAUAAGAGGCAACCCUGCAACGGUACUGGUGUGUGUUUUUCCACGGGUAUAACAUUGUUAAGUUAUUCCCGUUGUUUCAUCCUGUUACAACAAUCAACCGAAACAAAUUUCGGCCUCAUUGUUGUAAAAUGUCGUUUCAGAAGCCCAAUGUGGGUUGAAGUGAGAUGGCAUCCAGGGAAAAGAGACCCUUAGCGCCUUCCUCAAAGUCAAAGCAAAAGGUAAACAAUGAUUCAGCUUUACCAGCCUCAUCGAGCAAGACCAAGAAGGCCAAACUGUCUCCCUUCAUACUAGAAGCAACAAGCAGCAAGCUGUCUCCUAAGCUUGAGGGCGCCCUUCCACGCAAGAAAGUCCUCACAAGUCUCAAAUGUAAAAAAAAACUGCGUGCAGUUAAAUCAAACUUGAUCAAGGGGAAAGCUUCGAAGAACGCACCUGUGAAGAACUUGAAGCGAAUUGCAACUCAAACAACAAAUAAAACGACUAAAGUAAACCUCACACGAAUAAAGAAGGCGAGAUCCUCACCCAAACCACUGGCGGAGGAACUCUCUUCUUCGGAUAAGAACGAGCUCUCGACAUCUCGGGGCAGUCCAAAGACAGCUCGAAAGCUGAAGCUCUCGUCUUGCUCAGACAUUCAAAAAAGUGCCAAACUUACUAGACGUAACCUCCACAUCAAAGAGGAAAUUGACCCAGACCUGAAGUACCUGAAGAAUCGUAAAUCUAGCCCCUCAAACGAUCCAAAAAUAUCCCGUCAUAGACUCGAAUCACCAUUGUCAAGAUCCACGAUUGAUUCAACAAUUGACGACGUAUUGGCGAUGGUUAGUGACAGUGAGUUAGAUUACUCAGCCUUGCCCGCUGAGGGUAAAGUUACACGGAGUAAGAAAAUGAUUGAUGACAAAUCAGUGCUAUCAGAACAUGAGAUCAAAAAGGAGGUGAUCGAUGAAGAUUUUGAUGAGGAUGAAUCAACAUCGACUGAUGAUCUUCAGACUGCCAUAGAUAUUAAGGAGUCUAAAAGAAAAUUGAGUCAACGAAGCUUGCGGAAUGGGAAAUUGCGACAAUUGGAUUCUUCUCAGUCCGAUGAUUUGAAGAAAGGCCGUAGAACAAAUGUUGAAGAAAUAGCGACUUCUGAAACUGCAGAGGAGCUACCAAUGGGCGAAACAGCGGACUCGUCACGACAAUCAGAAAUUACCAUCGGUGAUAUUUCUGUGUCCCUAUCGGCAAACUCAAAAUUAGUUAACGUGGAUUUGCCAAUUUCCACUGAAUGCGAAAAUAAUAAUAACAGUGGUGUUACGGAAAUUGAGGGGGGUUUAACGUUGAGAUCUAAGACAAAGGCAAAAAGUACGGAUUCUCAAAUUCGAACUGAGGAGGAAGAAUUAUAUAUAAUUGAGCCUUUGGACGAAACUAAAAAACCUCAUGCCUUCGGUAAGCUCACAAUCGAUAAAACUCCAGCAAAACGUCGAUCCUCCCUCAACAUUGAUGUUAAAAAGACAAUGGGUUCAAUGUAUGGUAAUGAAAAGGCUGACGGGACCGCUCCAAAAUCUCAGAUUGAUCAAAUGAUUGAAAAUAUCAAACUGACAAUUGCCAAAUCCAUUGAGAGUAGAAUUCGCGCUCCAGAGAAGGCCCUGGGUCUCCCUAAAUCCCUGGAGUCUACGAAUUCUCCAAAAAUCGAGGAGAUAAUUGUUCCUGUGAGUACAGAGACUCAAAUAAUAAAUGUAGAUCCCCCAGAGAUCAUUAUCGAUGAUAAUGAGCCAAAUGGAUCCAACAGAUCCGACGAAAUCUCGUUGCAAAAUACUUCUAAUAAUAUUAGUAAUAGUUGUAAUAGUAGUACCAGUAAUAAUACUGAUAAUAGUGAUGAUACGGUGCCCAAGGUGGCAGACACUGCCAAAGAAAUUGAAAAACUAGUCAUGGGCGAUGAAAGUGAAGAAAUUACUUUGACUAAUAAUUCUAUCGAGGCUUCGUCCAGCAGAACUGACGAUUUACAAGACAAUGAUGGAAUUGAUAAUGAAUUCAAAGACACUAUACAACAAGCAAAGAUCAAUGAUGUCGACAAGUCUGAAAAAAUAAUGACUGAAAGUGAACAAGAGAAUGAAGAACAACAGGAAGAAAGAGUGACUAGUUUUGUGAAGCAUGAAACAUUGACUGAAAUGGGUAUAUCACUACAAACAUCUGAACCAUUGGAACAUUCACCGCAGCUUGAGACGAUCGAGAGUAUCUCUAGGGAACUAGAGAGUCUUAUUUCUGCAUCUCCUUCGAUAGACGCAUCACCUAAUGAAGUUAAAGAAGAAGGAAUUGUGGAAACUAGUUUAAACAAUGAUGUUUCUGAAGUAUUUGGACCUGUUGAUGAACCUUUAGAGUCAAAUUCCAGCUCUCUACCUAUUCCUAUUGAAGAAUCACUAGUAGAACAACCAGAUUCUCCUCAAAAUACUGCAGAAGUGGUUUUGACCACUUCUGAAGACUGUGAUUCAGUUCCACUGCAGGUACAACCCACAGAACCCGUUGAAAAUGUUGAAGAAACUGCUGAAAAAUUACCGCAAGCUGUGGAAGUUGCUCAUGAGCUCACCAAAUCACCUGAGAACAAACAGGAAGACGGUAAACGAGUUUUACGUGCUCGGGACAAGCAAAGAAAAUUCGAUAAAUCGAAAGUUUGUGAGAUUCCUGAUCCUCCAGAGGUACAAAUUAAGACAGAGCCAGAAACUCCUACAGAUUCGAACGAAUAUGAAGAGACUGAACGACAAGAUUCUCCUCAAAUGGGUGAGGCAAUGGUAUCAAUAAAACCAGAGGAAGAGUAUCAAGGAAGAACCAGGAGGACCCGAGAUAUAAAAAGACGUCGAGAGGAUGGUUUUCUCAUCCAAAGCCCGUGUCAAAAAACCAAGAGGAACCGUCGAGAAUCGAAGAAACCUGAGCAGAAUAAAGAAGAAACACUUUUGGAUAAUGAAGUAGCAAAAAUUAAUGAAAAUAAUCGGGAUUAUUCGGCAGAGAAGUUUAACAAACGUCUCGCGGGAACCGAAAGUCUUCGGAUAUUCUCUGAGCAUGAUCGACGUAAUAGUACUGAAGAGAAUGAUCGAAGUAAAUCGGAGAAUGAUCUCGAAUCGGUGAAGGAAAAGUCAGAAUGUGUAGCGAGAUUACGGGGUGAUCGAUGUGAGAGUCAUAGGCUGAAAGACAUCGAGGGUGCGGGGAUGCAGGAGACAGCUGGAAUGGCUGAACUUGGGCAGAAAGAUUGCGAUGAUGCAUCCACCUCCGGAGAAUCCACUGGAAGUAUUUCCUUAACGAAGAUAAUGGAAACCCCAGAGGAGACAGCGAUGAAGGAGAAAAUUCUUUUGAUGUUGGGGCUCGAGUCCGCUGAGAAGGCUGCGGAGAGGAAAAAGGCAAAGACCGAGCAGUGCUCCGGAGGACUCAAGACGGUGAUCAGGGUGCCUAAGGACUCGGGGAAAGAGAAGAAACGAUCCAGAUCGCCGCUGAAGAUGGUGCUAAAGCAGGGUCGAGUGGAGGGCGGUGGAGAUUCGCCUGAAUUCUAUACGAUUCAGAAGGAGCUCGGAACCAGUGGUUUGGGAGAUAGCAGCUCUGGUGCGAACCGAAAGUUCUCUACUAACCACAGACAAUCUUGCGAUGAGGAUCCCGAGGAAACUUCAUCUAAGGACAGGCAGAGUCUCAUUAUUCCAGAGAAAUCUUCGUCUUUCUCAAUUCACCCUGGGCGUCUUUGUGCAGAUGUAUGUUGUUAUUGCUUUGGGAAAUUCGGGUCACUUGAUACACCGAUGCACUUGGCACAAAUGAAGUCCGAUGAGAGGAGAAGAAAAAUUUUGAAUGUUGAGAGACAUCUCACUAAAGACUCGUGCUUGUGUGAUGCUUGUUAUCGUCAUGUUGAUAGAAAAGCGAAUACAAGUCCGACGAAUAUAUCAAAGCCGCAACGACAACACCGACAGCUGAUGGUCUCCAAAUGUUCCGCCAAAGAUUGCAGAGAUUCCGCGAGACAUCUUGUGAAACGCCGAUGGCUCUUAAAAAUAAAAUCUUGCCUUCAGAAUCAGGUGGACAUCGACUGGGAAUCAAGUCAGCACACAUCCAUGUCCUUCUGCAUCACUCAUUAUGCGACAAUCGAGCGUUUCUUGACUUGUGCCCUCUGCAAACGUCGCCUAGUCCGUAACCACACUCAUCUCCUCCCGGUCAGUGAAGCAAACGAAUUAAAUCGUAUUCUUCCCCAGCAAGGUGUCCCCAUCUUACUCAUAUCCGGCACCUUCGUUUGUAAGCUUUGUCGUUACUAUACGCAGCUGCAAUUGAAAUACAAAGACGUAGAAAACAUGAAUGUGAGUCAUCGAUCUUUUGCAAAAAGUUAUCGAAAAAGAAUUCUCUACAACAACAAUCUCGAUAUUGAUGAUGAUGAGGAGGAGCCAGUUCAAAACUUUCAAGUUAAAGAUAAUAAAGAGAAAGAGAAGGACAAAGACAAAGAAAAGGAUAAGGACAAGGAUAAAGAGAAAGACAAGGAGAAAGACAAAGAUCGGAAAUCUGUAAAAAAAACAAAGUACCAUAGCCAAUUAUCCAAAAGCAGUUUGUCAAAAUCUCCGGAGAGUAAUACCUCAUCUGAAAAAUCAACUCCAGAGCCUCCAAAAAGCGACAAUUCAGGAGACACUGAACGCAGAGAAUCGGAAGAAAGAGUCGAUGGCACUUCCUCCAUAACCGAACAAAUAUUAGACCUAGAAGGCACAGUAGAGAAGUUGAAAAAACGUAAGGCACUUGAUCAACAUCUCUACUCCACAGAUUCUCCAGUGUUUUCGGACGACAAUAGUGUCAAUGUUGUAGAGAUCCUGGCGAUGGAUAAAGAGGAAGUCACACUAACGCGAUUACCCAAAAAACCCAAACUGGGCAGUAACCAGAAUCAAAAUUCCAACGAUAUAACUCCAGUGGUGCAGCGAUUAGGUGCAAACCCCUCAAUAAGCGUUCGAACAUUGUUCCCUGGAGAAGAGGAGAUGGGUCUCCACGCUAAUAUUGAAUUUUCAAAUAUACGGGAAAUAACGCCUCAAGGAUGGGAGAAGUGUGCGACAAUAAUUCAAUACGAUAGAGACACAAAACUACUCUGGCAAGAGUUACAAAGACCUUAUGGCAAUCAAAGCUCUUUCCUCAGACACCUCAUUCUUCUGGAAAAAUAUUACAGGUCUGGAGACUUGGUCUUAGCACCCAAUGCCUCUAGGAAUGCUAUAAAUUACUCUACAUCGGUGCAAAAUCGAUUGAUAUCGUACGAAGGACCUGAAAAGAUGGAUGAACCAAUCACUGAGCCAAUUCCAAAUGACUUUCAUCACUCGAAAAGGUUCAGUGGCGGCUAUUUGAUGGAGAGAGACAGAAGCUCUCUACCUGGUAACAGUAGUAUCGCCACACCUGUGACUCCAGUUACAAUAUCUGUCACUCCAACUGCCACGACUCCGUCAAAAAUUCCCCCUGCUAAAACACCAUCGAAAUCUAGUACAUCGCGAGUUUUGAAAAUCAACCCAGGAGUUUCAAUAAUCAAAAAACCACCGCCGAAUCUUCAACGACUCAGUCUACCCUCUAGCAGUGGCACUGCACCAGCUAAUGGUUCAGCUAAACGUAAAGAUGCUUUCCCGAGUAAAAUUACUGGUUCUGGAACAUCUGGCGGAAAGGUCUUUCAACUGACUGAGCCAGAUUUUAAGAGACUUCAGACCCUGAAGAAGCAGAAGAUGAUAAAUGAAAAAACCCCUACAUCGACCAACACAAAGCUGAGCAAUAUCCAAUAUCAAAAGGCACAAAUAGCUGCUCAAACGCAGUUUCAAAAGCAUUUGAGAAUGCAACAGGAAAUGCUCAAUCGUCAGAGUCGUGGUGACUUCGAGCCCUUAAUUUGUGACGUUAGAUCAUUGGCUAAUGAGAAUACUCCUGCACAGAAUCUUCUUAAUAAUUUAAAUCUGCCAAAAUCGAUUCAGGUUACAACAAAACCAUCGAACAGCCCCAUUCCCAUUCUACCAAAAAUUCCUAAAUCCCUUACGGUUAUACCACAGACUGUUCCCAGAAAUGUGGAUAAGUGACAAGUGAGAAGGAGGAGGGGGAGGAAAAGGCGGGCAAGAGUAGGAUGAUGAAUAUUUUUGACAAAAAUUGAUUCAAUACUCAUCUACUUGACAUGAUGAGAUGAAAGUAGGUAAAAAUGUUGGAAGAUGGGCCACCGUGGUUACCUCACAAUUACGUGGGUUUGUAUUUUUUCGAACUUUAAUAUUCACCGAAUUAUAAAAUUGUAGAUAAUUAGCUCUGCAGCUGGGAGAUGAACUGGAAUAUAUUGAAUGGAUUUUUUUUUCAUUUAGAAACCGCGUUUGUAGAAAAAAAGUAUUCCGAUAAGUUCAUUCAAAUUUUAUAAUAAAAAUGGAAUUUUUAUUUUUAAUGCAAAUAUCGUAGAAAUAUUUUGUUUCAGGAAAUUAUGAAUAAAUCUUGAUGACAGGCUGUUUUCACGAAAUGGCAAAAACACUGUUAUCAAUGAGAAUUUUCUGUGAAACAAGUGUCCUCUGUCGAUAUGGUUGCAAAAUCAACAGAAUGCAUUACCAUUUCAAAUGGGUUUCACCCCUAAUGAAUGAUACAUAUGAACAAAUUAAAAAAUCAUUUUUAUGGAAAAAAAUGAAUAAUUGAUAGUGACGGGAAUUAAAUAUCGAAAAGUGCCUAAUUGUCGCAAAAAAAAUGAGACUCAGUGGAGUGUGUUGACAAAUCAGUGAGGAGAAAGACGUGGAGCGUUACUAGUUUCUAAUUAUCCAUAGGUUAAUUGCGAUAAUAAUUAUUUAAUUUAAAUAUUCUACUGACGUAUACCAAUCAUAAUCUCUCGCAGGGAACAUUUAAAUGACUAAAAAAUCUUUUUUCUUGGUCAAUCUGCAUUAUACAGUUGACGAUUGUAUUCUCAUCACAUCAUUUUUUUAAAUAAUUUUUUCGUCUUUUCAUUUGUCAUAGAUUAAUCAUUGAACAUUGAUUUAUAUAAAAACAUUUUUGUAGGCUCCCACGAGUUUAGAUUAAUAAUUUAUGAAUUACCGAUUUAAUUUUUUCGAAUAAGUGAAUUUUAAGUGGAGAAUAAACGGGAAAUUUUUCAAUUUCUUCAAAGGGAGUUCAGAAAAUGCAGAAAAAUGUGUUAAGUUCUAUUUAUUACGUGGCUCGUAAUUCUUGUAAAUAUAACUAUAAAGCAAAAUCUUUUCUUUUUUUAGUUUCUGGGCCCGACCAAUCGUCAAGUCCUAUUACUUAUUGAUAAUUAUUACAUAUUAUCCAUAAUCGAUUGAUUGAUUAUAUCAAUUAAUUAAUUAUUAUUAUUAUUAUAUUAUUAUUAUUCUUAUUAUAAUUAACAGAAAAAUAUACAAAAUGCUUAAAUAUCCAGGCGCAUUUACUGAUUUAUAUGAGUAAAUAUAAAUUCAUGAUCCGAUAUAUAAACGUGAAAGCGCCUUAUUGAGAAUCACAAGUUUUAGAGAGUGGAGAAAAAAAUCAGAGCUAAAUGAUAAAUAGAUGGCUGUUUUUUUUUUGGCAAAAGUGAUAGUGUUGAUGUAAAUACCUAAUUAACGAUGUAAGUUAAUAAUGGAUUAGCAGCAAAGGACUGAACGAUUUCCAGAUGGAUAGACCAACAAAUUGCCCCAAUCUUCAUUGUUAAAUAAAAAUCGAAAAAAUGAAAACUGGAAUUUCCGAGCUGUGAUGAUCGUUUAGCAUCUAACGAUUAAUUUCUGAGCUAACUGAUUAAUUAAUCAAUUAGUCAAUCGAAUUUAUGGUGGAAAUUAGAAGUGAAAAUUUUGCUUGAUUUAGUUUUAUCUUUAAACUUUUACUAUUUUACUGUAUGAAACGACUGGCUCUUGGAAUCAAUUCAUUUUUAAGGGAAUUUUUUUAUUCGAAUAAUUAAUUGAUUAGUUAAUUAAUGCCUUAUAUUGAGAUGGAAAUAACCAGUAAUUUUCAUUUAAUUAAUUGGAGAUGGAGCUAAGCUCAAUCGAUAAUAAGAUAUAAACAAUUACGUGCAAAAUAAUAAAUCGAAAUGAACUGCAGUGUGAACAUCAUUGUCUUUACACAAAUCGUUGAUUCUCCUAUGGAGGAAUAAAAAUUGAGUAAUAAUAGAAUAUUUAUGCGCGAGUUAUGAAAUGUGUGAGGAAAUUAUUAUUGUAUUUGCAUAGCACUCAAAUGGAAAACUUGGUAUACAAUUUCUAUAUAUGAAAAUGCUCUAUUUUACUAAGGAUAUUUUUGAUAUAUAUCUAUAUAUAAAUAUAUAUAUCGAAUCAUUAAGAGUAAUUUGAAAAUUUGAUGGAAUUCGGUGAGAGAAUGGUGACGAUAACACUGUAAAGUUGAUGAGGAGGAAGAAUAUGAUAAUUUCUAGAUAUUUCACCGAGGAUUACACAUGUUGAGAUUUUUUAAUUGACUUAGUUUUUUCAUCGCUGCAAAUUGAAAGAAUAAAAAGUUCAGGGGAAUGCUAAUGGAAGUGUUAAGAGUUUUGAAGGAAUUUGGAAGUUAUAUUUGGCGAAUAUGCUUUCUACUGUACGUAUGACUGACAAUGACGAUUGUAAAGGAAGAGAGAAGUAAAGAGAAAUAAUAACAAUGAAUAACAAAAAUGUAAGUUGACGUUUUAAGAAUUCUAUUUUUCUGCUGAGAGAGAGUUAUGAAAAAAGUAAAUUGGACUGAGGAAAGAUUAAUGAGGAUAAUUUCAAGUAAAGAAUUGAAUUUUCUGUGGCUUUAUUUUCCGGUAAGAUCAAAACGGGAAUGAACUAAUUGGUCCAUCCUUUUGCUAUUAAUUUCUUAAUCGAAAGGUUCUACAAAAUGAUUGAGAGAGUACUUUGGACGCUAUUUGCUAGACUGAAUCGACAGCAUAUUUGAAGCCAUUCAAUUCUAAGAUGCUCGAAAAAUGAUAUGUGAGAAAUUGUAAAAAGAGAAAUACAUGAAUGGAAAAUGAAGGUUUCAUUGACAUUAUUUCUAAAAUAUCUCUAGAUCGAUCAAGUGUAAAGAGAAAUGCCGAUAAAACGUGUCGGUAGAUCAUUAAAUUCUCCAUGUAGAAGAUUUUUUGACAUUUUUCUCGAAACCCUGUUGUCCUGCAGAGUUGCCUAUUAAUGUGACUGACAUUUUUCAAAAUCUUAUCACUAUCGGGUACGGGAAUAUCUGCAAAGGCGAAUUCAUUUGGGCUUUAUCAAUUAAUAAAUCAAAUUUGUCAGAUGCUAAAAUUGAUGUCUAUUUUCUGCAACUGCACAACAUUUUUCUUAUUUAUAGAAAGCAUUAAAUGAAAGCCAUGAAAAGGGAUGAAUGUGAAUUGAAUGUUCAGCCACAGAAGAGAUUGAAUUACAGAAUGCGGAUUGAGAGACCUGAAUAAUAUGGUCAAUGAAUUAAUGUUGCUGUAAAGGCACCAUUAGGAUAUAUUUGACCAACUAUUAUCAAAUUCAUGUUAUUUUUUCAAGGCGAUAAUUUAAUAGGCAGAUGUUACUAUUAAAUUGAUUAUUGUUGAGGCAAAAAAAAAACAAUUUCUCCUCGAUUUUUCUGAGCGAAAUCAGACGAAUGCAGAAAAUCAGAUUUAUUUAUCCACAAAAUGUGAAUUGAAAAUAGCUAUGCGUAGUAAAGCGUAUUACAAGUAAAAAAUAUUAUGUUAUUCAAAUUAAUAAUUGAUAUGUUAUCGCCACUAUAAUGCCUUUGUUUAUUUUAAUUAUUUAGUGUAAUAGCUGUUUAGGUUCUCUAUUUUUUGUAUAUAUUCGCAGCACUCAAUAAAACAUUUAAAAAACA